UCAACACUUGGGUGCCACUCUCAACAACACUUGGGUGCCACUCUCAUCAACACUUGGGUGUCACUCUCAUCAACACUUAGGUGUCACUCUCAUCAACACUUGGGUGCCACUCUCAUCAACACUUGGGUGCCACUCUCAUCAACACUUGGGUGCCACUCUCAUCUACUCUUGGGUGUCCCUCUCAUCAACACUUAGGUGUCACUCUCAUCAACACUUGGGUGCCACUCUCAUCAACACUUGGGUGCCACUCUCAUCAACACUUGGGUGCCACUCUCAUCAACACUUGGAUGUCACUCUCAUCUACACUUGGGUGUCACUCUCAUCAACACUUGGGUGCCACUCUCAUCUACACUUGGGUGUCACUCUCAUCUACACUUGGGUGUCACUCUUAUCAACACUUGGGUGCCACUCUCAUCUACACUUGGGUGCCACUCUCAUCAACACUUGGGUGCCACUCUCAUCAACACUUGGGUGCCACUCUCAUCAACACUUGGGUGCCACUCUUAUCAACACUUGGGUGCCACUCUCAUCAACACUUGGGUGCCACUCUCGUCUACACUUGGGUGCCACUCUCAUCAACACUUGGGUGCCACUCUCAUCUACACUUGGGUGCCACUCUCAUCAACACUUGGGUGCCACUCUCAUCAAUACUUGGGUGCCACUCUCAUCAACACUUGGGUGCCACUCUCAUCAACACUUGGGUGUCACUCUCAUCAACACUUUGGUGCCACUUUCGUCAACACUUGGUGCCACUGUCAUCAACACUUGGAUGUCCCUCUCAUCAACAUUUGGGUGCCAUUCUCAUCAACACUUGGGUGCCACUCUCAUCAACACUUGGGUGCCACUCUCAUCAACACUUUGGUGCCACUUUCGUCAACACUUGGGAGCCACUCUCAUCAACACUUGGGUGUCACUCUCAUCAACACUUUGUUGCCACUUUCGUCAACACUUGGGUGCCACUCUCAUCAACACUUGGGCGUCACUCUCAUCAACACUUUGGUGCCACUUUCGUCAACACUUGGGUGCCACUCAUCAACACUUGGGUGCCACUCUCAUCAACACUUGGGUGCCACUCUCAUCAACACUUUGGUGCCGCUUUCGUCACCACUUGGGUGUCACUCUCAUCAACACUUUGGUGCCACUUUCGUCAACACUUGGGUGCCACUCUCAUCAACACUUUGGUGCCACUUUCGUGAACACUUUGGUGCCACUUUCGUCAACACUUGGGUGCCAAUCUCAUCAACACUUGGGUGCCACUAUCAUCUACACUUGGGUGCCACUCUCAUCAACACUUUGGUGCCGCUUUCGUCACCACUUGGGUGCCACUCUCAUCAACACUUUGGUGCCACUUUCGUCAACACUUGGGUGCCACUCUCAUCAACACUUGGGUGCCACGCUCAUCAACACUUUGGUGCCACUUUCGUCAACACUUGGGUGCCAAUCUCAUCAACACUUGGGUGCCACUAUCAUCUACACUUGGGUGCCACUUUCAUCAACACUUGGGUGCCACUCUCAUCAACGCUUGAGUGCCACUAUCAUCUACACUUGGGUGCCACUCUCAUCAACACUUGGGUGUCACUCUCAUCAACACUUUGGUGCCACUUUCGUCAACACUUGGGUGCCACUCUCAUCAACACUUUGGUGCCACUUUCGUGAACACUUGGGUGCCACUCUCAUCAACAAUUGGGUGCCACUCUCAUCAACACUUGGGUGCCACUCUCAUCAACACUUGGGUGCCAAUCUCAUCAACACUUGGGUGCCACUCUCAUCAACACCUUGGUGCCACUUUCGUCAACACUUUGGUGCCACUCUCAUCAACACUUGGGUGUCACUCUCAUCAACACUUUGGUGCCACUUUCGUCAACACUUGGGUGCCACUCUCAUCAACACUUGGGUGCCACUAUCAUCUACACUUGGGUGCCACUCUCAUCAACACUUGAGUGCUACUCUCAUCUACACUUGGGUGCCACUCUCAUCAACACUUGGGUGCCACUCUCAUCAACACCUGAGUGCCACUCUCAUCUACAUUUGGGUGCCACUCUCAUCAACACUUGGGUGCCACUCUUAUCAACACUUGAGUGCCACUCUCAUCUACACUUGGGUGUCACUCUCAUCAACACUUGGGUGCCACUCUCAUCAACACUUGAGUGCCACUCUCAUCUACACUUGGGUGUCACUCUCAUCUACACUUGGGUGUCACUCUCAUCUACACUUUGGUGUCACUCUCAUCUACACUUGGGUGCCACUCUCAUCUACACUUGGGUGUCACUCUCAUCUACACUUGGGUGUCACUCACAUCAACACUUGGGUGUCACUCUCAUCAACACUUGGGUACCACUUUCAUCUACACUUGGGUGCCACUCUCAUCUACACUUGGGUGUCACUCUCAUCUACACUUGGGCGUCACUCUCAUCUACACUUGGGUGUCACUCUCAUCAACACUUGGAUGUCACUCUCAUCAACACUUGGGUGUCACUCUCAUCUCCACUUGGGUGCCAUUCUCAUCGACACUUGGGUGCCACUCUCAUCUACACUUGGGUGCCACUCUCAUCUACACUUGGGUGUCACUCUCAUCAACACUUGGGUGCCACUCUCAUCUGCACUUGGGUGCCAUUCUCAUCAACACUUGGGUGUCACUCUCAUCUACACUUGGGUGCCACUCUCAUCAACACUUGGGUGCCACUAUCAUCAGCACUUGGGUGCCACUCUCAUCAACACUUGGGUGCCACUAUCAUCAGCACUUGGGUGCCACUCUCAUCAACACUUGGGUGUCACUCUCAUCAACACUUGGGUGCCACUCUCAUCAACACUUGGGUGCCACUAUCAUCAGCACUUGGGUGCCACUCUCAUCAACACUUGGGUGCCACUAUCAUCAGCACUUGGGUGCCACUCUCAUCAACACUUGGGUGUCACUCUCAUCAACACUUGGGUGCCACUCUCAUCAACACUUGGGUGCCACUAUCAUCAGCACUUGGGUGCCACUAUCAUCAGCACUUGGGUGCCACUAUCAUCAACACUUGGGUGCCACUAUCAUCAGCACUUGGGUGCCACUAUCAUCAACACUUGGGUGCCACUAUCAUCACACUUGGGUGCCACUCUCAUCAGCACUUGGGUGCCACUCUCAACAACACUUGGGUGCUACUCUCAUCAACACUUGGAUGCCACUAUCAUCAGCACUUGGGUGCCACUCUCAUCAGCACUUGGGUGCCACUCUCAUCAACACUUGGGUGCCACUAUCAUCAACACUUGGGUGCCACUAUCAUCACACUUGGGUGCCACUAUCAUCAGCACUUGGGUGCCACUAUCAUCUACGUGAUUUUCAUGCAACAUCUAGCAUAUUAGGAAGAAAAUUAGCUGUUACAUUUAAAAAUCUCUCUGACCUAUGAGAUUACUUUACAGAAAAGUAAAUCAGAGUACCCAAGGUCAAAUUUAUUAAGAAAAGUAACAAUUAUUUACAAGAAUUCUUUUAUUACGGUAUAACAUGCGACACAUAACAGAGAUCACAAUUACAAGGAUUGGGAAAAAACGGUCGCAGUGGUAAAUAUGCCCAAAAUUCGAUACAAGUCAUAGGCAACAAGUUAGAAAACGGAGAUGUCAGCGACGAUGUCAGCAGCAUUGGAGGGGUAAAGGUGACUGAAAAAGGCAUCAGAGGUGGUACCAUCAGCAGUGAUAGCAAGAGUCAAAGUAUCGCUAUCCAAGCUAUGUCCUAAGUAAUUCCAACCCAGAGGUCAUAAGUAGGUGGCGUUACGUCUUUAACUACAAUCCAAACAAUAUUCAUAAUCCAUUAAUUAGCCACAGCAAAUUUUGACUAAAAAGGAAAUUUUCCUACUAGUUAUGACGGAAAAAAGGAAAGACAAUGCUGGAUUUUUAGUUCGGCAAAGCCGCUUUAACUAACCCACUAUUGUACGGCGACUCAGUGUUGGGAAAUCUAACGUUUAAGGAUGUACACAAAAUGACUCGGAAAAAAAUCAAAUAAUUCUCCAGCGUUUUAAAAACCUUAAUUAAUGCGGUGACUACAUUAAGGGAUGUGUUCCUCGGGAAUUCGACUAAACAUUUUGUCAUUGGUAAGUGUAUGAGGAAAUGAUCAGCAGAUAACUAUGGCAUGUUUUUAUGAAUCUGUGUAUUGUUUACCACUUAUUUAACGAAGACUAAGAAUAGCUCUAUAUACUCUAGCUUUAUUGAAAUCUUUACUUUCAUGUAUAUAUUCUUGACGUAGCAGUUUGUAAUGCUUUAAGAAUAUAGUAAAUAAUAAUAUUAUGUUCGAAUUAUGCCCAUGAGCCAAGAUUCGCAUGUCUAUGGUGAGCAGAACUAACUGCAAGAGAUUGCCAUCAUCCAUAAUUUCGAUUCAAAAUAUAUACUUUUAUUGCUACAUCCUCUCCACAUUUGUUAUUAACCUUUCUGCCAUAAUAUAUGCUGUCAUGUUGCAAUACAAAUUAUUACACACUUUACAUAACCAUUCUUACUUUCUGGGGCAGUGGAUGUGGUGGACUACUGGAUAGGUGGGACAGACGAGGAAAAAGAGGGUGUUUAUCGAUGGCACUCAACUGGCGACCUCAUCCCCGUUGAAGUUCCCUUCUGGUACCCUGGUCAACCCGAUGGUUAUGUGAGUGAGAACCAUCUCUCCCUCUCCAAGACAGGUUACUUUGCUGACGAGAAAGGCUCUUUGUUGCAGAAGUUUAUCUGCCAACUGCUGUAAAUGCUCUGUUAGUGUGUCCGUAUCUAUCUCAAGUACUGUGAAUAUUUUGAUAAUCUGUCCGUAUCUCCAUUUUUCUCUGAGUUUCUUAACUACUUACAGGAUGGGUUGCUUUGCUAACAACAACAAUGACUAGGAAUUAAAGGUUCUCUCAUUUUCUGUUUUUUUUUUCCUAUUUUACAGUCUUUCUUCUAUAGCUCCUUCCCUCUUUGUCGAUAAAGCAAUCUUCCUUAGUUCCUGGUGGACGAAACUUCAAAUAAAAUACCAUAACCCGAACAA